CUGGCAGCCCCUUCGGAACCGGGUCCUGACCGUUGUCGCCGCCGAGAGAGGGAGAGGGCAGCGGCCGGGACGUGGGGCAGCGACAUGGCUGAGAAAUGCGACGUGGUCGUGGUCGGGGGAGGCAUCUCAGGUUUGUCAGCUGCCAAAUUGCUGUCUGAGUCUGGAGUCAACGUGGUGGUUCUUGAGGCCCGUAACAGAGUUGGAGGAAGGACAUUCACUAUCAAGAAUGGACAAGUUAAUUACGUAGAUGUUGGUGGAUCAUAUGUGGGACCUACCCAAAACCGGAUUCUCCGACUGGCAAAAGAGCUGGGUGUUGAGAACUAUAAAGUAAAUGUCAAGGGCCAUACCAUCCAUUAUAAGAGGGGAAAGUCACGACAUUUCAUGGGUAUCUUCCCUUCAACAUGGAAUCCCUUAGUUUAUCUGGAUUACAAUAACCUCUGGAGGACCAUGGACAAGAUGGGAAAAGAGAUUCCUCCUGAAGCACCAUGGGAUGCUCCACAUGCUGAAGAAUGGGAUAAGAUGACCAUGAAAGAGCUGAUAAAUAAGAUCUGCUGGACCAAAGCUGCUAAAGAAUUUGCCACCUUAUUUGUGAAUGUCAAUGUUACAUCUGAGCCUCACGAAGUCUCCGCUCUCUGGUUCCUGUGGUACGUGAGGCAGUGUGGUGGCACAUCCAGGAUUUUCUCUGUCACCAAUGGAGGCCAGGAGAGGAAAUUUAAAGGGGGUUCUGGUCAGAUAUCGGAGAAAAUAAUGGAACGCCUCAAAGGCAGAGUUAAACUGGAGCAACCUGUGGUCCGUAUUGAUCAGACAGGUGAUAAUGUCAUUGUGGAGACUCUAAAGCGCAAGAUAUAUGAGAGCAAGUAUGUGAUCAUUGCUAUCCCUCCAAUCCUGACAACAAAGAUUCAUUACAAACCAGAACUGCCGCCAAAGAGAAACCAGUUAAUUCAGCGUUUGCCUAUGGGGUGUAUCAUAAAGUGCAUGAUGUACUACAGGGAAGCCUUCUGGGAAAGAAAGGGUUAUUGCGGUGCCCUCAUCAUUGAGGAUGAGGAGUCUCCAAUUGAAAUAACCUUAGAUGACACGAAACCUGAUGGGUCUUUCCCUGCCAUUAUGGGUUUCAUUCUUGCUAGAAAGGCUGUUAAGCUGGCCAAUCUCAGUAAGGAAGAGAGGAAGAAGAAAAUCUGUGAGACAUAUGCCAGGGCAAUGGGUAUGGAAGAGGCUUUACAUCCUGUGCAUUAUGAAGAAAAGAACUGGAACCUGGAGCAAUAUUCAGGGGGUUGCUACACAGCCUACUUCCCACCAGGCAUAAUGUAUUCUUAUGGAAGGAUCAUUCGCCAGCCUGUUGACAGAAUCUACUUUGCUGGUACAGAGACAGCUACCCAAUGGAGUGGAUACAUGGAGGGAGCUGUACAGGCAGGAGAGAGAGCAGCCAGAGAGGUAUUGUACACCAUGGGGAAGAUCUCACAAAAUGCAAUUUGGAUGCCAGAGCCAGAGUCGAAGGAUGUCCCAGCCCAGCCAUUCACCACCAGCUUCUGGGAGAGGAAUCUGCCAUCCACACCAGGGCUGCUGUGCCUGCUUAGCUCUACCAUCUGCCUCACCUCUGUGGCUGCUUUGGGGCUCUUUGCCUAUAAAAAGGGACUAUUAAUUCGAAACUAGUGGGGACCACACACCAAUGGAAGCUAUAUACUUCCUCUUUUUUCUUCUUACCAGAUGAGUGUUAUUUUCCAGAGAGAAAUGGCAUGGACAGCUGGAAAGGGCUGAAGUUGUUUUCCUUGUGAUUUUUCUUUUUAGUACCAUAUUUAAUGCACCAAAUCUACUGCAGCUGCUGCCAGUUGAACAGAAAUAAAUUGGUUGUGGGGGCAUUUUUCAAAUUUGCCUUUUUCUUGUCCGUUUGUCUUGAUUGGACAUGAAAAUAUCAAUUGUAACAUUCUUAAUACAGGCAAGGCAAAAUGGGGAUCACACCUCUCCUGAAAGUCACAGAGGCCUUGGGGAAUGCAUUUAUUUCUACUCACUGCUUUUUUUUUUUUUUUUUUUUUACCACACAAGAUAACAAAUGCCCUUAUGUAUUCACCUCGAUUAGCAGCUCAGAAUAUCUGAAGUUAUUCCCACACCAUCCCCACUGCACGGAAGAGAUUAGCGUGGCAAUCAGAUGCAGACUUGCCAAAUUAAUUUUCAGAUGCAUUUGAUUAAUUAUUAAUCAUUGUAACAUGAAAAUUAACCAUAAGCUGGAUGAGAAGAGGUAAUUAGCACAAAGCAGCUCACUAAGCAGUGAGAGAGGAAGCACAAGUGGACUUUAUUCUGCCUGCUGCCGAGCAAACUACUGAGCAAACAUCUGUUUGCUUGUAUGUUCUGCAGGGUGCCCAUAUCAUGGGCCACAGGGCUAUGGCUCAGUUCAUCUGAUCCAGCCCAGGCAUUCGCUGUUGGAGUGAAAUGAGUUACCAAAGCUAAAGCCCCUCUGACUUGCAGGAGGUACGAGCUGUUAUUUUCCGAAUGGCAGCAGCUUCCUGGCUCUCUGUCAAUUCUCUGCCCCUGUUUUUUGCUUGUAAUCUGCACUGCCUUCCUCCAAUAAGGAGAAAUGUAUUUGGGGCUGAAUUACUGCCUUGUAAAUUACAGCAACUGGAUGCAUCUGUCUGCUCUGCUCCUAUUAUGUACAUGACACACUUCAAAUAAUCACUUUAUCAUUUACCUAAAGUCUGGAAUAUAUGUUUCACAACAUACCAUCAUAAUGUGGUCUUUUUGCUGUGAAAUGUGAGCACUGUAUGUGUCCAUGAACUCAGCUGUCUUUCAACAUGGGUGAAACGUGCCUUUCAAUGGUCCUGAAACUUUGAUAAGAGGAGCUCCUCUAUAAACUUUUCUUCAGAUUCUUU